AUGUCAUCAACACAGAUGGAUCACGUCCAACCUUCUUCUCAUUCAACCACGAAGAGAAUCACAUACAAAUUCCAUUCAUCCAACAUGACGCCUUCGAUGAAUACUCCCUCAUCAAAUGCUCAACCAUACAUGUUCAACUUUAAAUCAUCCCUGCCAAACGUCAUGUCUUCACCAAUCGAAGGCAUCCGAAAAAAGAAAAAAGACCAGUUUCAAUACGCUUCUCCUACAUCGAGCACAACAACAUCAGUGGUUUCGUCGUCUUCUUCUUCUCCUUUGCAAAAGUCAAACGUAAAGGAUACUUCGAAAGGAAAUUUGACAGCUGGCAAUACAACAAGAGAAUGUUUAUUCUACGUUCAGACAUGUCAAACAGAUACGCGAGGUAAAUUGAUUGUGAAGAGAAAUAGAGAACCCUCUUCAUCGAUGAAAGGUCGAAGAAGAAGUCCACCUCCUCUUACAAAUGUCAAUCUGCCAAAUGUCAACUUUUCUUCUCCUGUGAGCCAGGAAAACUCAACCCAACUACAGAAACCACAAACUCUCUCGACUUCUACUGUCUCCACUGCUCCUCUCAAUUACGUUCCUGACUACUCAAAUUUUGUCAAUUCUUUCAAAAUUGACAAUCGACAGCCAUCCCCUUCGAAUGUCAAUUACCAACAUCACUCGAUGCAACAAAACCAGUUGCUUCAAGAAGAACUCAAAUUACUGCCCUCUGUUCGAGAACUUUUGAAUCAGAGCGCAUCCAUGACAAGUGCCAGCUGUCAUCAACAAAACAGCCACACAGCCAUGUUGCCUUGCGUGAACGACUUAAUUUCACACGGUUUCCAAUUCACUCAAUCUUCCUCGAUAUUCACGUUGUGA